GCCAGCCCCAGUCAAUCAUCCGCAAAGAAACUCAACGUUGAAGCAUGGGCAACCAACUUAGUGGGCCGCAGGUAGGGGCGGAGAAGGCCACGAUUGGUGACGUUCCUUUAUCGUCCUAUGGAAGCGCGGCAGCAGCUCCACUUCCAGACAGUCCAACCCGCGUGACGGACGAAGAGAACAUGCAGCGUGAGUUGCGGGAACAUGUCGAAGCGCGCCGCAUCCGAGGCAUCACGACACUCCUGAGGAAGAAACGAGCCGCUGGCCCACGAACUAACGCAGCGCGAGAUCCGACGCACCAAGUCCGGUCCACCCCUUCAAUCGUUCGACUCGAUCUUGGACUUCCCGUCCAUCAACGUUCAAGGCGGUGGUGGCGCCGCCGACGUCGUCGUGGAAGAGGACGGUGGAGACGAUAAUACCAACGUCCCUCAUAGUCCAGCGAGCAAAUGGCGCGUGUCGUUUGAAGUCGAGCGCACGAGUCGGCUGCUCAUCUACGCCAAGCAGGAAUGGAAACAUGCCCAGCAACUGGCAGUGGAAGCGCAGGUGGCUCAUCUCAUCAUCCGCAGCAUGACGCCCAAGGUGGCGCCCGUGGUCAAGAAAGGUCUGAAGCGAGCAGCCACGAUACCCUCGGACUCGGGGGCCAAGAGCGCCGUCAACAUGGAUGCGCCGGAGCUGGCGCUCCUCGAGCUCAUCUACGAGUUCAUUGCUGGCGGAUACGAACCGGCGCAGAACUCGCUGUACCGAGCGAUGCUCGAGCUGUACGACGACGACGACGACGACGACACGGCCGACGUAGACCGCAAGGACAUCCUGCUGCGCUUCCUGCUCAAGUACAUCCGGUUGCCAUCACUCAACAAGUUCUCUGUGCACUACCAAAAGCUGGCCCUAUCGAUCGUGCAGCUGCUCUGUGAGAACCACAACCCUGUGUGGCAGACCAUGAUGGCCGAGGUGUGCGACGACACGACCGUCCUCGCCGCCAUCGUCCGCAUCAUGGAAGUCACCAAGCCAUCCGACCCGCUCUUUGUCAAGGGCAUGCGAUGUCUCAGCGAAGCCUGCCAGGGCCCGUGUGUGGAAAAUCAGGCAUAUGUCGUGACCACGCCUGCGACAGCGUUGUGUUGCAGCGUGCUCCUCACCGACCCAACGACCUCGUCGCAGGUAGAAGCGCUGGAUGUCACCACGUACCAGACGGCGUCGGAGGUGCUUCUGUCACUCAUGGAAGGCCGCAGCGACAAUGCCGUCAACGCCGAGCUGGCGCGGCUGUUCAGCCCCGUGGAGGUCGUGGACCGGCUGGUCACAUGUCACCGUGAACUGUGUCGCAUGUUUGGACCAGAACUGUCGUUUGAACGAGACGACAUUCACCGGCAUCCGCUGUAUAUCCGCGCCAUGAGUUUGCUGGUUGUGGCGGUGCGCAUCAUGAGUCUCGAAGCGACGGCGGAUGUCCUCUUUGACGACCACUUGGGGCUCUCGUACGGAAGCAGCGAUGAUGACGACGGCGACGAAGGCCGGAUGCUCAAGCCGUCGGGGUCGCUCUUGGUGACGGCGGGAGACCCCACGGACAAGCUGGCCAUGCGGAACCGGAUCCAGCGCGCUGUGCGGAACCUGUCCAAGCACUCUAAGGCGGACAACGUGACCCUGCAAACGGCCAUCAAGAAGGUGGUCAAUAUCAACCGCGCCAUGAAGCAGUUUGAUUUGCGGUCGGUCCAGGGGUUCCGCACGCAGUGGGACGGCGCCAUCGACGACCGCAAUGCCCUCGGCCCGAUCCGAUUCUUCCACGCGCAGCUCAUCUCGAUCGAGCUGGUUGUGCACGGCAGCCUCACGACUUUGUACUUUGUCAAACCUGCCGAUGCCAUGUACUUUGACGAGUUGCUCCAGAACGAGCUGCUAGAUGCGAUGGACAUUGGCAGCGACAAGGCCAUGGAAGUGCUGCUCUCUGAAACGGCCAAGAGCAUUGAAGAAGAGCUCAAAGUGAUCAAACACCUUCGGCGCCAUGCCGUGUAUGCGUUUCUCGCGCGGUGGCAGACGGACCUGCGCAAGAGACUGCUAAGCUUGUGCUUUUACAUCAACUUUGUGAUGCUGUUGCUGCUGCGGUGGGACCAACCGGGCUCAUAUUUGUUUCUCCAAGUACUCGGCGCCGUCUACUUAGCUGGGUCGCUCGUCCUCCUCGGGUUCUACGUGACCAAACAGUUCAACUUUAACUAUUGCAAACAGCAACUUUCCCUCACAAAGCUGCACUUUCGAUCGCCCAAAGCUAUCAACGACCGCGUGUGGGACGCGUGGCAAGGCCCUAUCCAGUGCUUUGAAAUCAUUGCGUGGACCGUGUCGCUGGUGGUAUAUGUGAAUGGAUGGGACACGUACGGAAGCGUGACAUGCUGCUCGGUGGCGGCGGCCGCGCUCGUCCUUUCGACCCUCCGCGCCGUCCGGGAAGUGGCCAGCGUGUCUCGGUUCUCCGUCAACUCCGAGUCCUCGUAUGACGAAAUGAAGGUCAAGCUGGGGAAUCGCAUGCUCAAGACCAAGUUUCGAUUCUGGUACAGCGUGAUAUACGACACUCUGUUUUCCGAAAGCGUGCUGGCUUUUCUGGCGUACUCGACGUGUGGGUUCCUCGGGCUCAUUGCGACCGAGAACCGAUACUUGUACUAUGGCUUUCCCCUGCUCGACCUCGUGGCUAUCAACGCCGGGCUGCGAUUUGUCGUCAAAGCCAUGACAACCAACACGUCCAAGCUGACGGUCACGGCAGUGUUUGGGGCUGUGGUGAUCUACGUAUUUGCGUUGAACGGGUUCUACUUUUUCCAGGAUGAAAUGACCACCGAGAGCGGCACCCAAGAAUGCCACUCGCUCAUGCAAUGCUUUGUCACCCAUGUCCACAACGGGCUGCUGAGCGGCGGCGGCAUUGGCGACUACAUGUCGCACAGUCCGUUAAACUACACAGUCAAGGCGUCGUAUUUUGGGCGUGUGGGGUACGACCUGGGGUUUUACGUGGUGGUGAUCGUGCUGCUGUUGAACUUGAUCCAAGGGAUCAUCAUCGAUGCAUUCACGGCGGUGCGCGAGGCGUCCGAGAACAAGAUGACACUGCAGCGUCAGCAGUGCCUCGUGUGCAAUCGGUCGCGGUCGGUCAUCGAGGCCGAAGGCAUGGCCAACGGUGUCAUGAACUCGUUUGCGAGACACACAGACACCAAGCACAACCUGUUCAACUACUUCUUCUUUGUCAAGUACCUCAAGGCCAAGGACGACACGGACAUGAACGGCAUGGAGUCGUUUGUGUUUGAGAAGAUCAAAACCAAAGAUAUGUCGUGGGUCCCCCGUGUUUAGCAGCAGCAACGGAUGUAAAUUGUAGUACCCUAUAACAUUCGCUUGUGAAGCAUACCAUCA